UGCGCCCAAGGUGCGGGUGGAGAGGGUAGCUUGUGACCCGCCUUCGAUCUACCAUCUUGGAUUUUGCGUCAAGAUGAUGGUGCCGAAGAGUGAAGUCAACCCACCCCGUAGCCUAGCAUGAGAUUCUGCGUUGACGUUAGCGCGUUCUCACGUCCGGAAGUGUGUCGGUAGGGACGGGGCGUGGUUGGAUUGAGCCGCGGCGGCGGCCCUGGGCAGUGGGUUCUCCGACGUGGACAGCGGUAACUACCGAGGAGCCGUGGGGCGAUGGCGGCGGCUAGCGCGGAGCUGCAGGGGAAGUACCAGAAACUGGCUCAGGAGUAUUCGAAGCUUCGAGCUCAGAAUCAGGUGCUGAAAAAAGGUGUCAUGGAUGAGCAAGCAAAUUCUGCUUCUCUGAAGGAACAACUGAAGAUGAGGGACCAAUCAUUGAGAAAACUGCAACAAGAAAUGGACAGUUUGACAUUUCGAAAUCAACAGCUUGCAAAGAGGGUGGAACUGCUUCAGGAUGAACUUGCCUUAAGUGAAGCCAAGGGCAAGAAGAACAAGAAAAGUGGAGAAUCUUCAUCUCAGUUGAGUCAAGAGCAGAAGAGUGUCUUUGAUGAAGAUCUUCAAAAGAAGAUAGAGGAGAAUGAACGAUUACAUAUACAAUUCUUUGAAGCAGAUGAGCAGCACAAACGUUUGGAAUCUGAGCUGAAAAAUAGACUUGAGGUUUUGGAAACAGAUGCUGCCCAGCAUCAAGCAGUGGUGGAUAGUUUAACCCGGAAAUACAUUGAUACCAUAGAAAAACUGCAGAAUGAUAAAACCAAAUUAGAAAUCAAGUCUCAGACACUAGAAAGAGAAGCUAAGGAAUGUAGAUUUCGAGCGGAAGAAUGUCAGCAGCAGUUAAAGAACCUUCAUGCAGAUUUGGGUCGGCGAUUGGAUGACUCUUUAUGCAUAAUCAAUGAAAAAGUACCUUUCAAUGACACAAGAUCUAGUCAAUAUAAUGCUCUUAAUGUACCAUUACACAAUAGAAGAUGUCAGCUGAAGUUGCGGGACAUUGCUGGUCAGGCUUUGGCUUUCGUUCAGGAUCUUGUGACAGCACUUCUGAACUUUCACACUUACAUGGAACAGAGAGUCCAGAUUUUUCCCAUUGACUCUGCCACUGAUACUAUAUCACCAUUAAAUCAGAAGUUCUCACAGUAUCUUCAUGAGAAUGCAUCCUAUGUUCGUCCUCUGGAGGAAGGAAUGCUUCACUUGUUUGAGAGUAUUACAGAAGAUACAGUGACUGUGCUGGAAACAACUGUGAAAUUGAAGGUCUUUUCUGAACAUUUAACUUCCUACACAUGUUUUCUCAGGAAGAUUCUUCCUUAUCAGUUAAAAAGUUUGGAAGAAGAGUGUGAAUCUUCUCUUUGCACAGCUGCUUUAAGAGCCAGGAAUCUGGAGCUCCACAAUGAUAUGAAGAAGAUUACUGCAAUCUUUGAGAAGUUACACGUAUACAUUAGUCUUAUUGUCUUACCAAGUAUAAAACCAGAAGGGCUGCUUCGGACAAAUUACAGUUCAGUAUUCAUACACAUUGCUGCAGGUCUUCAUGGAUUUCAUAAUGUUAUGAAAGAAAUUUCCAAGCACUACAGUCAGAAAGCUGCCUUAGAACACGAGCUUCCAACAGCCACACAGAAACUUAUAACAACAAAUGACUGCAUCUUGUCCUCGGUAGUGGCUUUAACAAAUGGAGCAGGCAAGAUUGCCUCAUUCUUUAGCAACAACUUAGACCACUUCACGGCUUCAUUGAGCUGUGGGCCUAAGGGAGGGACAGAGUUCAUCAGCCCUCUAUCAGCUGAAUGUAUGCUCCAGUACAAGAAGAAAGCAGUUGCCUACAUGAAAUCUUUAAAGAAGCCCUAUUCAGAUUCAGUGCCUUAUGAAGAGGCUUUGGCCAAUCGCAGAGUUCUUCUGAGUUCCACAGAAAGUAGAGAAGGUCUUGCACAACAGGUCCAGCAAAGUUUGGAGAAGAUUGCAAAACUGGAGCAGGAAAAGGAACAUUGGAUGCUUGAGGCCCAGCUAGCCAAAAUUAAGUUAGAGAAAGAAAACCAGAAGCUAAAGAGCUCACUUAGUGGACAGUUGAUUGAGCCUAUGCCAGAAAAUUCUGUUCUGCUGAAUGCAGCCGAACGAGAGAAAGAAGAAGCCAUAAAAAAGACUUCAAGGGAGCCUGUUAAAAGAAUGAGUCUGAUUGGAAUGUUGACCAUGACCACUGACAACGAAGAGGCUCCAGAGGCUAAGUCCCGUGAAGACUUGAUAAAAAAUCACUAUAUGGCAAGGAUAGUAGAACUUACGUCUCUUCUACAGCUGGCUGACAGCAAGUCAGUACAUUUUCAUGCUGAGUGUCGAGCGCUUGCCAAAAGAUUAUCAUUAGCUGAGAAGUCUAAGGAAUCACUAGUGGAGGAGAUGAAAUUAGCUAGUCAAAGCAUCAGUAGAUUACAGAUUGAUGUCAAACUGAUGAUGUACAUCUGAAACGGCCUUACAUUGAUCUUUGGCAUUCACUGCAACAAGAUAAGAUUUUUAAAUAAAAUUCUGUUUGACUUAGUGCAGUCACUACUGCUUGAAGAUCACAUCACACAUAAAAGGAGAACAAUAUGGUGAUAUUGUCAACUAGCUGCCCAUUUAGUGUUCUUUGACUUAUGGCUAGUGGACUGCCAUUUUGCCAUCCCUUGGAGUAAUGAUUACAAUGGUAGACUUUUAUUAGUAGCUCUUAAAGUACUUGACUUCUGAUGCAAAUUUUUUUUAAAUUGCUAGUACUAUGCCUAACCUUCAUAAACAAGACCAGCAUGAUCGAAAUUAUCCACAAAUUCUCCAGUGACUUAAUGAAUCCCUGUAUGAUUUCAAGGUAUUAAUGAUGUGACAUGAUUGUGCAGCCCAGACUCCCAUACAAAUAGUUCCCUUGAAGUCAGUGAGCAUACUAAGCAUGAGAAAGGAUCUGAUCCUGCAGCCCUUAAUCUUUAGCUGUUACUUUUCUUAAGUAUUCAGAUACCACACUGAAGACUUUGUAUGUACAGAUAUUUAAUAGUACUGUCUUUUUGGGCCCAGUUCUGCCUACCCAUGUUCUUAAUGGAGGUUUUGGAUCACCUAUUUGAGUUUAAGACCAGGAUUUAUGUAGUGUUUUUCUGAACUCUUUUAAUUGUGAAGUGCUUGUAUGAUGAAAUUUGACAAUUUCUCUGGUGGCAAAUAGGCAUAAUUAUAAAAUUGAAUUCCUUCUAAAACAGUGCACCCUCUUUAUAUAUCUGUAAAGAUCCAUAUAUCUCCCCAAAAAACCUCUCUCAAACGAUUCAUCUAAAAUUAUAUAACAAAUUGUUUUCUUUCCUUUUUUUAAAAAAAAGCAUACUGGCUGGAACACUUAUUUUUAAACACAUAAUCCUGAAUGUUAAACAGAACUUAAUAAAUAAAAACAAUUGCAACAAUCUGGGCUGAAAACUGGGUUUUAGCCUCAGUGAUUUUUGUUGCAUGUUGUUAAACCCUUAGUUAGAUGAUGAUUUAUAAAAUAGUGUAAUAAAAUAAGUUUUGGGAGGUGAUAGUGAGGGAAAGGGGGGGAUGAAGUUUUAAAGAUAAAUAAGAAAACUACCAAGACUUUCUUUCAGUUAAAUUUUUGCAUAGUUGCUUUUCUCCAUAAUGAAAUUGCUUAAGUGCACACGUUUGGUCAACCUAGCAGCUUUGUUGGACAACUUGAAUGUCUGCAUGAACAAUGUGCUACUGUAAUAUUAGGCAAAGCUGAAAGCUACUGUUCAUUCACUCCUUAGGAUGAGUUGACAACCACCAAAAGAAGCUAUGAAGAUCAGCUAAGUAUGAUGAGUGACCAUCUGUGCAGCAUGAAUGAAACCUUAUCUAAACAAAGGG